GCAGAAUCCCUGGGACGCCAGUAUAAAUUGAUUGAUCGCAAUUGAGCUGAGCGAACAACUGGAGAUUCCUUGUGUCGACACCGGCCGGCGACUCAGUUUACUGUCUGUGAUUAUUGAUCUCAACGCGCCAUCCUUGAUUUUUCGAGUCGGUCCUGAGAAAUCCUCCAAUCUGCGCAACACAGAACAAUGCACAACGUCGCAUAAUUCUAUUUUCGACUCUUUUUCAUAGAGUAUCUCCCCACAAACCAAUGCGGUUGUCGCGUUUUUGUCUGACGCGGAGCAAGACAACCUUAGCGCCCUUAAUUUACGGACAACCCACGUCGAUCCGGUUUUCUUGCUCAGUAUCCUCAUACUUUGUUAUCCAACGCAGGGGAUAUACCUUGAUCACAACAAAUAUGGCGCAGAAGAGCGAGAGAAAGCAGACUACUUUAGGGAAGUUCUUUGGCGGAAACGCAGCCUCGCUCCCCGAAACAAAAAACCAGUCUACACUCUCUUUUUCAUCUGAAGCUGGAAGCGCGAAAUCUGAGACAAAACCGGCCAAAGAUCUCCAAGAUAAUGAAGACGAUGAUGUUGAUAUGGAAGAUUCAAGUCGCGAUAUUCCUACUAAGACUGGCCCCGUAACGCCAACGAAAAACGGAACCGUUUGUUCAAGGCCAGCUUCUCCUGGGGCUCCCAGAGUAGAUUCAGAUGAAGAAAUUAAAUCCGAGAGUGCGAGGAGUGAAAGCGCGUCGCCAAGCGCAAGAAAGCUUAAGCGACAGAAGGAUUCAGUGGUUGAAGAGAGUGAUGGAAAUGAGAGCGAACCUGUCACCAAAAGGCGAAGAGGGCCAACGAAACCGAAAACAGAGAGCUCUACAUCGAAGCCUGCCGCUGGAAGAAAAAACAGAAAGGCCUCGCCAAGGGGUAAAACCAAUGAUAAAGGCGCUACCAGCACACCCAACAAGCAACUGGAGAUAAAUGAAUCAGCAGUCGGAAAUGCAGAGUCCUCAGAAUCUGACCAGGACGAUCUAUUGUCAGAAAGUAGCUCAGAGGAGCUGGAUAUCAAACCUGAAAAAGAGGAAAAGAAGAAAAACACAGCAUCAAAACAAAGACAGAAGGUUCAGGCAACCUUGAAAAGCAGCGCAAAUGAUCCAUAUCCAGAUUGGAAAGCUGGUGACCCUGUUCCCUAUGCCGCCUUGUGCACUACAUUUUCCCUCGUUGAAAUGACCACCAAAAGAUUGGCUAUUCUAGCCCAUUGCUCUCUAUUCCUUCGUCAAGUCUUACGAUUGACUCCUGAGGAUUUACUUCCAACAGUCCAGCUUAUGAUCAAUAAGCUAGCUGCGGAUUACGCCGGUAUCGAGCUCGGAAUCGGCGAGUCCUUGAUCAUGAAAGCCAUCGGCGAAUCCACCGGGCGUAGUCUUGCCGUCAUCAAAGCUGACCAGCAUGAGAUCGGGGAUCUGGGCCUUGUCGCGGCUAAGAGUCGAUCAAAUCAGCCCACUAUGUUCAAACCAAAACCAUUAACCGUGCGAGGAGUCCAUGAGAGUCUCUUGGCAAUUGCUAAGAUGCAAGGACACGGAUCCCAGGAGAAGAAAGUCGGAGGUAUUAAAAAGCUCCUUUCUUCAGCUGAUUCCGCUACAGCUGGAAAGGGCUCAAAAGGGAUUGACAUCACAAAAAAUAAAGGCGGUCCGAGUGAGGCCAAGUAUAUUGUCCGAUUUUUAGAGGGCAAGCUGCGGCUAGGUCUUGCUGAUAAAACCGUCCUCGUGGCUCUAGCUCAUGCCAUGGUAGCGCAUGAAACUUUGUCAAAGGGCAACAAGACACCCAGCGCUGAGCAGCUAGCAAAAGGAGAAGCUAUUCUUAAGCAAGUAUAUAGCGAAUUACCAUCUUACGAAGUGAUUAUCCCCGCCAUGCUAGAGCAUGGAAUAUUUAACCUUCAGGAGAAUUGCAAACUGCAGCCGGGGGUUCCAUUAAAGCCCAUGUUAGCAAAACCCACAAAAUCCAUUUCUGAAGUCCUCGACCGCUUUGAAGGAAAAGACUUUACCUGCGAAUACAAAUACGACGGUGAAAGAGCUCAGAUUCACUACGUGUCACAAGAUGCAAUCAAGGAUUAUACUGCCACAGCUGGAACCUUACAAAAGGAUGGCAAAGGCCUUUGUGCUAUAUUUUCCCGUAACUCCGAGGAUCUAUCUAAGAAGUAUCCAGAUGUUCUUGAUAAGCUGGAAUCGUGGGUCCGGCCAGGAACCAAGAGCUUUGUCCUGGACUGCGAGACUGUCGCAUGGGAUCUCGAGAACAAGAAGGUCUUGCCAUUCCAGCAACUCAUGACACGCAAGAGAAAGGACGUGAAAGCCGAAGACAUAAAAGUCCGCGUUUGCAUAUUCGCGUUCGAUAUCCUGUUCUUGAAUGGAGCACCUACUGUGAAAAUGACAUUCCGGGAACGGCGUGCUCUUUUACAUGAAACAUUUGUCCCAACCGAAGGGGAGUUUGCUUUCGCACAAUAUGGAAACACGAGUAACGUGGAAGAGAUCCAAACUCUCUUAGACGAGAGUGUGAAGUCUUCUUGCGAAGGUUUGAUGGUAAAGAUGCUAGAUACCGAAGAAAGUGGCUAUGAACCUAGUAAGCGGAGUCGCAAUUGGCUCAAGGUCAAAAAGGACUAUCUUGCUGGUAUUGGUGACUCGCUCGACCUUGUUGUCAUCGGCGCCUACUUCGGCAAGGGUAAACGUACUUCGGUCUACGGAGCCUUUCUCCUCGCUGCGUACAACCCUAGCACUGAAAAUUACGAGACAAUAUGCAAUAUCGGUACGGGCUUCUCUGAUGCCCUAUUGGACGAACUUCACAAAUCUCUCAGUCCCCUCGCCAUAUCCCAACCAAAACCGUUUUACUCGCAUUCUUCCGUCCCCAAGGACCAGCCAGAUGUCUGGUUCGAACCUCGCCUAGUAUGGGAGGUCAAGGCGGCGGAUUUAACCAUCAGUCCCCGAUAUAGGUGUGCGAGUGACGAAGUGAUGGGGAUGGCGGGUGCGGAUGGAAAGGGGGUCUCGCUACGGUUUCCAAGGUAUAUCAAAGCAAGAGAUGAUAAAAAGCCAGACCAGGCGAGCACGACUAGGAUGGUAGCGGAGAUGUAUCGAAAGCAAGAGAGUGUGACAAAAGAGGACAAGGGCAAGGGAGUGGACGAUGACUGGGAGUACUAGGUUGGGCUCGUUCUCCCUGACAAUCUUCUGUUUUAAAUGUUGGAUAUCCUCGCCGGGGCUAUUGUAUGAUUGGAUGGAAUGUUGGAUUCACACAUUAUUCCAGGAAUACAGAUGAAUAUGGUUUGCGACGAUGAUGAAUGUGGCUACACGUGUAUAUUUUGGGAGUUGGUUAGACACUCCGCUCCCGUCUCUGAAGAAGUAUGUGGAAACCACCCCCCUAUAACCGCUAGUUAAAAUAGAACAGCA